GCGCGGGGUUAAUAAUAAAUCUAGCGGGAAGUUGAAGUGAUAACGAUGGAGAACGUGGUUUGUGUGAUAUAAAUAAAACUCUUGGGUGUCUACAGUAAACGGUGGGAUUAUAAGAUUGAAGCUAUAAUGAGGAAACCCUGUUCAAACUGUACCGGUUGGUUAGCUGACUAACAUUGAAACAUUUGGUGUGAGAGUCAGCGUGUAGUGGUCAGACCUGCCUGCAAGUCCGGUAGGAAGAGUUAGUAGCUGGCUAGCUGCCUCGGAGACAAUGACAGACUCUAGCUCGGAGCCCGCUAGAGCCAUCAGGGCCAUUGAUAAACACUCUGUGCAUCAGAUCUGCUCUGGGCAGGUGGUGUUGACUUUGGCCACAGCUGUGAAAGAGCUGGUGGAGAACAGCAUUGAUGCAGGCGCUACACAAGUUGACAUCAGGCUCAAAGAGAACGGGACAGAGCUGGUGGAAGUCUCUGACAAUGGACAAGGUGUGGAGGAGGAGAACUUCGAAGGGCUGACUUUGAAGCACCAUACAUCGAAACUGAGAGAUUUCUCUGACUUGAUUCACGUUGAGACGUUUGGCUUCCGUGGUGAAGCCCUGAGCUCACUGUGUGCCCUCAGUGACCUCAGCGUGGUGACCUGCCAUGAAAGCAGCCAUGUGGGAACUCGGCUCGUCUAUGAUCACAACGGCCGACUCGUCCAGCGAGCUCCUCAUCCCCGGCAGCAGGGGACCACAAUCAGCCUUCAGCAGCUCUUCUCCACCCUACCGGUUCGCCAUAAAGAGUUUCAGCGCAACAUCAAAAAGGAGUUUUCUAAGAUGGUCCACGUCCUCCAGUCAUACUGCAUCAUCUCCACUGGUGUGCGCAUCACAUGCACUAAUCAGCUUGGCCAAGGCAAGCGUAACACUGUAAUGUGCACCAGCGGGAGUCAGAGCAUGAGAGACAACAUUGGAGCGCUGUUUGGGCCUAAACAGCUCCAGAGUCUGCUUCCUUUUCAGCAAACAUCUCCCAAUGAGGGUAUUAAAGAGGAUUAUGGAUUAACUGGGGAAGAACUUCCUAAAGACCUUUUCAAGAUCUCUGGUUAUGUGUCGCAAGCCGAUCACGGUGUGGGACGAAGUGCAACUGACCGGCAGUUCUUCUUUAUUAACAAAAGGCCCUGUGAUCCAUCCAAGGUUUCCAAGCUUGUAAACGAAGUCUACCACAUGUUCAACCGUCAUCAGUACCCAUUUGUUGCUCUAAACAUUUCUGUUGCUUCAGAAUGCGUUGACGUCAAUGUUACACCUGAUAAGCGUCAGAUAUUUCUGCAGGAGGAGAAGCUGUUGCUUGCUACCGUGAAGAGCUCUCUCAUCGCCAUGUAUGAGACUGGAGUCAAUAAAAUCAGUCUCAAUUACACACCACAAAUCGCAGGGAGUUUUUCCAGAUGUAGUGAUUCUGCUAAAAGUCCAGAAGGUCCAAGGAAAGCUUCACUGACUUCAGAAGAUGAUUCAGAGACUUUGACACAGACUCCAAAGACAUCAUUUAUCUUAGCUGGACUAAAGGCAGCAUUUUCAAAACAGCAGGAUGCUAGCAUCAGGACAAAGACUACUUCUCCUCAGGACAAUAAAACUAUGUGUACUGGUCCAGCGCAAAAAAAGAUGCAGUCUUUCUUCCAUUGCUCAGAAAAGACUAACUACAGCAGACCAUCAGAAACUGCUUCUGAAAAAGCAGCUUCACCAGUCAAACCAGAUCUAAGCAAACAUGAGGACGUGGAGGCUGACUCAGGUCUGUCGGAGCAAAGCUCCAUCACACAAACCCCAGACACACUGUGUGGAAGCAGCUGUGAAUUUGACUCUCCAGACUCCGUAUUAGAGGAACAUGGCAUUAAAUCAGAGCCUUACAGUGAGCCGGUAGAUGAGGUGCAUGAGGAUGCUUUAGAGGCUAUAGAGCAAGAGACGAUAUCUGUUAUGGAUCCUGAAAGGAUUUCUAGUCCCAAGGCUAAAAAAUGUAGGUGGGAUGUUAACCUAUCAGAACCGCUCCAACUGCCAUCCUCCAGUACCAGCAGUGCUUCCUGUGGACUGUUUGACAAACCGGUCAAUGUACAGAAGAAAACAGUGCCUUUGCAGUUUUCAAUGGCAGAUCUGGUUAAAAGGAUGGAGAGAUUAAAAACCCAGAAGAAAAAGCAAAAUGAGCAGGAGCCACUUUAUAGACGCUUCAGGGCAAAGAUUAACCCUGGUGAAAACCAGAGUGCUGAGGAUGAGUUGAAGAAAGAGAUGAGCAAGGACAUGUUUAAGGAGAUGGAGAUCAUUGGUCAGUUCAACCUGGGUUUUAUCAUUACCAAGUUAAAGUCAGAUCUCUUUAUUAUUGACCAGCAUGCCACAGACGAAAAGUACAACUUUGAGAUGCUCCAACAACAUACUGUCCUAAAAGGACAGAGACUUAUAGCUCCACAGAAUCUCCACCUUCCUGCUGUGAGUGAAACGAUUCUGAUUGAAAAUCUCGAAAUCUUCAAGAAAAAUGGCUUUGAGUUCCUCAUUGAUGAGAAUGCACCAGUCAUGGAGAGAGUGAAGCUGAUAUCUGUACCCACAAGUAAGAACUGGACCUUUGGCCCAGGUGACAUUGAGGAGCUCAUCUUCAUGCUUAGUGAUAGUCCUGGAGUCAUGUGCAGGCCUUCUCGAGUCAGGCAGAUGUUUGCGUCGAGGGCUUGCCGCAAAUCGGUAAUGAUUGGUACUGCACUGAAUCUAAGUGAAAUGAAGAAGCUUGUGGUCCACAUGGGAGAAAUCGAGCAGCCUUGGAACUGUCCUCACGGCAGACCGACCAUCAGGCACCUGCUGAACCUCGAUGUUAUUUCUCAGGACUGAUGCAUGAUGAAGCAUUCUGUUUACAUGCUUUCUUGUACAUACUGAAACUUUAAGCAUAUUUUAUUAUCAUUUUAAUCAGUUAUAUUAGUGUAUAUUUUGCAUUCAGCUUCAUUGUUCAUUGUUUUUAUGUUCAUAGUUAGUUCUUUUAUCUGUGCAUUAAUAAACAUCUGUUAGCAGA